UUCCAGUUUGUGAAACUUGACAGGUGAAACUUUCUAUUGUGAGAGUCAGGAGGAACUACAUUGGUAACUUGGAAACUAAAAGGUACUCACUGUUUAAGACACGCAUUUGAAGGAAGUUACAGGAAUAAUGCGCAGUCAUGACUCUGUUGGAACUUUACACGAGGUAUAACAGAGUCUGGAUUCCAGAUGAUGAACAAGUUUGGAAGUCAGCUGAAAUCAAGCAAGACUUCCAUCCUGGGAAUAAUGUUCUUGAAUUACUACUUGAAGAUUCCACUGAGUGCCACUACCCAGUUGAUCCAUCCAGACCAGAACUCCCACCUCUCAGAAAUCCUGACAUCUUGGUGGGGGAGAAUGAUCUCACAGCUCUCAGCUACCUGCACGAGCCUGCAGUCCUCCACAAUCUAAAAGUGCGAUUUGUCGAAUCAAGAAUCAUCUAUACCUACUGUGGCAUCAUUUUGGUGGCAAUAAAUCCUUACAAGCAGCUUCCUAUCUAUGGAGAUGCGAUCAUUCAUGCGUAUUCCGGUCAGAACAUGGGGGACAUGGACCCUCACAUAUUUGCAGUGGCGGAAGAGGCCUAUAAACAGAUGGCAAGAAACCAUAAAAACCAAUCCAUCAUCGUCAGUGGAGAAUCCGGAGCCGGCAAAACAGUGUCAGCUCGGUACGCUAUGAGGUACUUUGCUGUUGUUAGUAAAUCGGGAAACAAGAACCGAGUGGAAGACAAAGUGCUGGCAUCCAACCCAAUAACAGAGGCAAUAGGAAACGCAAAAACAACCCGAAAUGACAACAGCAGCCGGUUUGGGAAAUACACAGAGAUCAGCUUUGAUAAGAAAUACCGGAUCAUUGGAGCAAACAUGAGAACUUACCUGUUAGAGAAAUCCAGAGUGGUUUUUCAGGCAGACAAUGAGCGUAAUUAUCACAUUUUCUACCAGAUGUGUUCCUGUGCGAACUUGCCAGAGUUCCAGAGCCUUAGACUGAUGAGCGCAGAUAAGUUCCUUUACACCUGCAUGGGUGGGGACAUAACCAUUGAAGGUGUUGAUGACAAAAGUGACAUGAAUGAAACUCGACGGACCUUCUCCCUGCUGGGAUUGAAAGAAGACUUUCAAGCAGAUGUCUUUAAAGUUCUGGCAGCAAUCCUGCAUUUAGGAAAUGUGGAGAUCAGAGACCAAGGGAAUGACAAAUCAUCAAUUGCUCCCGGUGAUCCACACCUGGCAGUGUUCUGCGAGCUGCUGGAGGUGAGUGCCGAUGGGCUGCUGCGAUGGCUGUGCAACCGGAGGAUCGUCCUGUCGGCUGAGACCGUUGUGAAGCCGGUACCGAAGGAGCGAGCCCUCACUGCCAGAGAUGCUCUCGCUAAGCAGAUCUACGCCCAUCUCUUUGACUGCAUCAUUAACAGGAUCAACACCGCGCUGCAGGUUCCUGGAAAGCAGCAUGCUUUCAUCGGUGUGCUGGACAUUUAUGGGUUUGAGACCUUUGACAUCAACAGCUUUGAACAGUUUUGUAUCAACUAUGCUAAUGAAAAGCUGCAGCAACAGUUUAACUUGCAUGUGUUCAAGUUGGAGCAAGAGGAGUACAUGAAAGAGGACAUCCCCUGGACGCUGAUUGAUUUCUAUGACAACCAGCCAGUUAUCGACCUCAUUGAAGCAAAGUUGGGGAUUAUGGAUUUGCUUGAUGAAGAAUGUUUGUUCCCCCAAGGCACCGAUCAGAGCUGGCUGCAGAAGCUUUACAACUUUCUGGAUGCCAAUCCUCUGUUUGAGAAGCCAAGGUUGUCAAACACGGCGUUUAUGAUUCAACACUUUGCAGACAAGGUGGAAUAUCAGUGCAAAGGUUUUCUCGAGAAGAAUCGAGACGCUCUUUAUGAAGAACUGGUGGACACAAUGAGAGCCAGCAAGUUGCCAUUUCUGGCCAACUUUUUUCAAGAGGAGGAGCUAAACCCCACAGCCAAUAAGGGCUUCAAAGUCAAGCCAGCCAGGCCUCCAGUGAAACCCACCAAUAAACAACUGAGAACUUCUGUGGGAGAUAAGUUCCGUAGCUCCCUCUUUUUACUGAUGGAGACUCUGAAUGCCACCACUCCUCACUAUGUGCGCUGCAUUAAACCAAAUGAUGAAAAGCUUCAGUUUGAAUAUGAUUCGAGGAGAGUUGUGCAGCAGCUGCGAGCUUGCGGCGUCCUUGAGACGAUUCGUAUCAGUGCACAGAGCUACCCGUCCAGAUGGACUUACAUUGAGUUUUACAGUCGAUACAGCAUCCUGAUGUCGCAUGUGGAGGCCGAUGUCAGAGACAAAAAAGAAACCUGCAAAUGCGUGCUGCAGAGAUUGAUUCAAGACUCGAACCAGUACAAGUUUGGUCGCACUAAAAUCUUCUUCCGAGCUGGCCAGGUGGCAUAUCUGGAGAAGCUGCGUCUGGACCGCCUCCGAGAAGCCUGUGUGACCAUUCAAAAACAUUUCCGAGCCUGGAGCCAGAGAAGGAAGUACCGGAGGAUGAGGGAUGCAGCCAUUGUUCUUCAGCAGUACAUCAGAGGACAGAGAAGCAUCCGGAAAACGGUGACUGCUGAAGCUCUGAAGCAAGGCUGGGCAGCGGUGGUCAUCCAGAGACACUGGAGAGGCUACAGCAUGAGGCAGAUCUACCAGGCAGUCUGCCGGGCCACCAUCACCAUCCAGGCCUUCACUCGGGGUUGGAUGGCCCGUAAACAGUACAAGAAGAUGAUGGAGGCGCACAAAGCAAUGAUUUUGCAGAAGUACACCAGAGCAUGGCUGGCUCGACGCCGAUUCCAGACCAUGCGCCGGCUGGUGCUCAACGUCCAGCUCUCCUACAGGGUGCAGCAGCUCAGAAAGAAGAUUGAAGAGCAGACUAAAGAGAAUCGAGGAUUGAUGGAACGACUGACGACUUUGGCCAACUCGCACUCUCAAAGCACGGACAGACUCCAAAGCCUGGAGAUGCAGCUGGAAAAAGUAACCAGCCUAAAGGAAUCUUUGGAGGCGAGAGAGAAGAAAACAAAAGAGGAAACUAGUUUGACAAUCGCAGAACUUCAGAGGCAGAUAGAUGAGGUCAACCUGGACAAGCAGAACUUGGAGAAAAAGUUUGAAGCUUCCAUCAAAGAAGCCAAAGAAAACUUUGACCAUUUGAACAGUAGUCUUCGAGAAGAGAUGGAGAAUGAAGCAAGGCUCAGAAAGGUUGCGGAAAACAACAUGGAGAUCAAGAAGCAGGACUUCGAGAAGGAGGUGGUGACUCUCAAGGAGGAGAUCCGGAGGCUGAAAGAAGAAAGAGUGGGUCUGCAGAGGAAGAUGGAGGAGGGAGAACAGGUGAACUCUGACCUGCAGGAGCAGAUCGUUCAGCUCACCAAGCAUGUGAAGGUCAUCCCCGAGCUGCGCAGAGACCUGAACAAUAUGCAGAACGAGAGGAAUAACAUGGACCGCAGGAUAAAGCAACAGUCUGAACUAGCAAGAGCAAAAAUGAGGGAGAUUGCAAGGCAUCUUCUUGGUGGAUUUGUUGAAGAGGAGGUUCUUUUGGGGAUAACUUCAGAUGAUUCUGAGAAGAUCUACGAGCCUGAAGAUUUGCCAGAAGCCUUUGAGGGUCUGCAGAAAGCCACAAGGAUUUUGGAAAACCACCAAAAAGAACAAAAGGAGAAAUAUGAGACUCAAGUGGAGGGACUGAAACUGAAAGUGGACCAUCUGCAGAACGAGAACAGCAAGCUGCAAAACCUGUUCCAGGAGAAAAGUAAUGUCACCGAAAGCAUCCGCCAAGAAGUGUCCAGACUCGCCAGCGAGAACUCGUGGAUUCCAGAGCUGAAGCUGCAGGUUUCAGAGCUACAGAGACAAAAGCAAGAGCUGGAGGACCGUGUCAUUGAGCAGAGCAAGGAGCUAGAAGACAAAAACACAGAAAUCAACAAUGUUCUUCAGAUAAAGAUCUCUGAAGAGAGCUCACAGCGCAGAUAUUUUGAGGAGAAAACCAAAGAGUUGGAGGAUGCAAAGAUGGAGCUGGAAGACAGGGUGGAGGAGCUGGAAGAGGAGAACGACCACUUAAAGAAGCAGCAGCUCAUGGAGAACGAAGCCAAGAGGAAACUCAGGGAGGAGACGUCAAUAUUAACUGCUGAGAACAUGGACUUUGAGGAGCAGCUUGACCAGAAGGACAGGCUGAUAAAGAAGCUCCAAAAUCAAAUAAAAAGCCUUGAAGCAUCACAAAAAGCCAAGCAGAACUCUUCAAUCCCAAAGGAAUACCUCGGCAUGCUGGAGUACAAAAGAGAAGAUGAAUCUCGACUUGUUCAGAAUGUCAUUCUGGACUUGCAGCCCAAAGGUGUGGUGGUCAACAUGAUUCCCUGCCUACCAGCUUACGUCCUGUUCAUGUGCGUCCGCCACGCCGACUACCUGAACGACGACGCCAAGCUCAAGUCUCUCAUGAGUGCGAUCAUAUGUGGUGUAAAAAAAGUCAUUGUGAGUCGCUGCAAAGACUUUGAGCUGCUGUCGUUUUGGCUCUCCAACACACACCAGCUGAUCAACUGUCUGAAGCAAUACAGCGGAGAGGAAGAAUUCCUGAAACAAAGCACCCCCCGGCAGAAGAAGAACUGCCUGCGGAACUUUGAUUUGUCCGAACACAGACAGAUAUUCAGCGAUCUGGCCAUCCACAUCUAUCAUCAAUUCAUCACAGUCCUGCAAAAGAUCCUCACUCCUGCUAUCGUACCUGGAAUGCUGGAGCAUGAAAGUUUACAGGGCAUUUCCAGCAUGAAACCCACAGGCUUCAGGAAGCGCUCCAGCAGCAUGUACGAGGAGUCCAAGAACUUCACCAUUUCCUCCAUCAUCAAGCAGCUCUCUGUCUUCCUGUCCACCAUGAUGCACCACGGCAUGGACCAGAGCCUCAUCAAUCAGGUCAUAAAGCAGCUGUUCUUCCUGAUUGGAGCCACCACCCUUAACCAGAUAAUGCUUCGUAAAGACAUGUGCUCCUGCAGGAAAGGAAUGCAAAUCAGAUGUAACAUCAGUUAUCUAGAGGAGUGGCUGAAGGAGAAGGACCUUCAAAGCUCCUAUGCUAUGGAAACUCUGACGCCGCUGUCUCAGGCCGCCUGGCUGCUCCAGGUCAACAAGUCCACUGAUGAGGACGCCGAAGAAAUCACCGAGAAGUGCAAUGAGCUCAACCCAGUUCAGAUUGUCAAAAUUUUAAACUCUUACACCCCAAUCGAUGAUUUCGAGAAGCGAGUGACGUCCUCGUUUGUCCGGAAAGUUCAGUCUUUACUCACUCAUGAAGGAUCCACCCAACUGAUGCUGGACACAGACUUUCAUUUCCAGGUCACCUUUCCGUUCCGCUCGUCUGCACAGGCUUUGGAGCUCCUACAAGUCCCAGCCAGCCUUCAUCUAGACUUCUUAACCAGAGUCUGAUGCGGACGACCUUUGACCUUUCACUCCUCCUAACCCAUUAUUGCCCUUUAACUGCAGAUGUAUGACUUUCACCGAAAACAAUUUCUGAUAAGUGCUGGGAUAAAGCAUAGUCCAGAAUUCUAUCUAGAAAUCAGAUGAUAAAAUAUAUGAUUUUAGUCUGUGUAAUAAAUGAUUUUGAAAAUUUGUAGGUACAUUUGGAACUGGUUUAGAGUUAUUACAGCUACUUUUAUUCAAAAUCAGUUUAGAUUUUAUAUAAUCUAAAGAAAAAAACAUGUUUGUUUUUCAAUAUCUACUGUACAGUGUAUUGAUACUCAAAGUUGCUUCUUUGUGUUUUUUGGUCACAUGAGUUUUAUCUAAAAUUAAUCUAUUUGAAAAAGUGUUUUAUUUAUCAAUUUAAAAAUGCACAAGUAAUUAAAGAAUGUGUAUAUGAUGUCACUCUAAAUACAUGUUUUAUAUUCCUGUUUUAAGUGGAUCAUUUUGACUUACUACAACACCAGAAAAGUUUUGAAUUUUCAAUAAAGUUAAAAAAAAACAUGUCUCACGGUAUCUUAUAUUUUGGAUUGUUGCACUUUAAUGAUCAUUUCAAGGUAGAUGAACAUGACUGCUAACUCAACCUCCUAUAAGGGUUUUUUUUGCUCCUGAUUGAGCAAAACAGACAGUUCAAUUUCUCAAAAUGAAAGCAUUGAGGCAGGAUGCGCUCAGCAUCCCCCAGAUCCAGGAUCCUCCUCUGGAAACUGGAGGAGCAUCUUCUCCCCGUGACGUCAUGACAGCAGCAUCAGCUGUUAGCUCCGCCGUAAGCCUUUCCGCCGCCUGCCGCUUCCCGCAAAAAGGAAAUAUAUGAGAUCCCCUCCAAGCCCUGAAAUGGCGACACAGGAGGUUCCGCUGAACGAGACGCUGGCUCACCUCAAAACGGAGUCGGAGACGCUGAAGCUGAAGCUGGAGGAGGAACGAGCGAAGCUGCACGAUGUCGAGCUGCAUCAGGUGGCCGAGAAGGUGGAAGGGCUGGGUCAGUUUGUCAUGAAGACCCGCAGAACUCUGAAGGGACAUGGGAACAAAGUCCUGUGCAUGGACUGGUGCAAGGACAAGAGGAGGAUCGUCAGCUCCUCACAGGAUGGGAAAGUGAUUGUGUGGGAUGCCUUCACCACCAACAAG